ACCAACUUCUCUCUCUCUCUCUCUUCUUCCAUUUGCAGGUUCGCGCCCUCUCUCUUCUCUCUGAAUCCUCUGUUUUUCUGUUCAUUCUGAACGGAAGAGAACCCAAAAACCCUAUUCAUCCUCACAGAGAUGGGAAAGUACAUGAAGAAAUCGAAGCUUACAGGUGACAUUGCAGUCAUGGAAGUGUCGCCACAGUCCUCUCCUGGAGUCCGUACAAGAGCUGCUAAAACCCUUGCCCUACAGCGCCUCAACAAACCCUCCUCUCAAUCCGCCGCUUCUUUGAGCCUUAAAGCGGCGUCCUCUUCUUCCUAUUUGCAGCUGCGCAGCCGCCGCCUUGAAAAGCCGCCGAUACUCAGGCACCUCCACUCCGGCGAGUGCUUCAGCUUGACUAAUUCUCGGUUGGUGCAGGAUUCCGCAAACUCGGCGUCGUUGGGCGUUGGGGAGGAAUCGGAGAAGAGGAUUUUUGGUGUGGAAACAGAGAAUGGAAGUGUUGCGGAUGUCAAGAACCUUCUGGAAUUUGGAGUAGGAAAUGGGAAAACUGCAGAAAAAAUACCCAGCAGCUUUGUUAGGGAAUUGAGCACCAUCGAAACAAGUCUUUCAACGAGGAAGGCGGAGAUGGAUUCACGUACAAUGGACUCAAGAGUGGAGAUGGAGUUGCUUAGAAAUAUAAAUAUCCCUACCUCCAAGGAUAUAGAGGAGUUCUUUGCACACGAAGAGCUAUGGCAUCAAAGAACAUUUAUUCAGAAGUAUAACUUCGACUUUGCGAAUGAUACGCCUCUUCAAGGACGAUAUGAAUGGCUGCAAGUGGGUCCUUAAAUAGCUAAGAUCUCGAAUGCCUCUGUAUCAAGCUCAUUUGGGGAUUAUAGGAUGGGUUGAAGACGGGCAAUGAGCUGAUUUGGGACAUCUCAUACUAACCAGCUAUUAAUCCAUCUUGUGUAGUUAGAGCAACAUUUGGAAAAUUGGUAGUCUUCACUAACGCACUGCAUGUAUCACUGUAAUGUGUAAUAUUUUCCCUCAACUGUUGCUGUUGUCUAUAGUGUUGUCUGGCGAGUUUGUCUUGGAAAUUAGUAAUAAAAAUGAAGUUACUUCAAA